AAGAGAGAGAGAGAGAGAGAGAGAAAAAGGGAAAAAAAAAUAUGUUGCAGAGAAUAGAGCACAAACCCUUUGUCAGCAAAGCAAACAGCCGUGCCGGGAGCGGAGCAGUUGGGCAAGGGUGCAGCGUUGCUCCAUCGCCCUAUUUCUGGCCGAAACCGCAGCAGAAACGCCGGGCUGCUGGGGGCGGCCGGACGUGCUGCAAUCAUUGGGGUGGGGGGCCCUUGGGUGGGGGGAGGCCGCUCCCCGUGUGCUCAGCCCUGAUAAGGCACCUGCCUGCAUGGCCGCCGUGCCGGGAGCCGUGGGCGCAGCCCCUGACCCCCUCCGUGACCCUCAGUAUAAGUCCCUUAAUCUCUCCACGCCUGGGUCUCUUGUCUGUAAAGUGGAGCUGAUGAUAAUCCUGCCUUUGUCGUGGCUGCUCCUGGGCAGGGACUCUGCUCCCCGGGGUGGAGGGGGCCCUGCUGGUACCUGUGCUCUGCAGGAUGCUACGGGGCAGGGGGACGGGAGGUUUGGCCUCCUGCCUCGGUUCCCAUCUGAGCAUCCCCCCCCAUUGGCAGUGCAGUGUUGGCCGUGGAAACGUUUCGGUGAGGUUCUGGCGUGUGUCUCAACAGAUUGGCAGCCAUGGUUUGUGGGGCUGACACCCACAGCUGGCCGCUGCCAGGGCCAUCCGCAGCCACCGGGCUUCCCCCCGAAGGGCUGGGGGUGGCACAGCCUGACCAGGACCAGACGCCCCCAACGGGGACAGUCCGCUGUGCAGCGCCCGCUGGGACGGAGAGGCACGAGGCCUCGCAUUUCAGGAACAGAUUUGCAAUUACACAAAUCCCCAACCCUACCGGGGCUGAGAGUGGAAACCCUGGGUGACUCAUCUGCUUUGGCUUACAAUGAUCUCCUUUCUAAGACGAUCAUUUACAUAUGGUGGAAUUUAAACCCCAGCUUGCCUACAACGGCUAAUUCAGCCACGCUUCUGCCCCUUCUCGCCUCUGCUCGUGCAGGUGCUGGAGCUGCACGCCCUGCCCAUGCACCCUCUCCAUGCACCCUGCCCAUGCACCAUGCCUGCACACCCAACCCAGGCGUGCAUGCAGCCAGCAGUGCCCCCCAUACGGUCCCAGCUCUAGGGUGGGUUCCCCCCACAGAGCCACGCACUUGUGGUGCUGGGGUGUUGCUGCCUUGGACACGCUUUCUCAAUACUUACUGACGGCACUGAAUUAAUAUUUGCACAGGGUCAGGUGUGAUAGAGAGCAUGUGUCAAGGGCAUGCACAAACACAUACGUGGCGAAGGGCUGUGGGAGCCGCUGGUGGGAGCUGACUUCCAAAUGACCUUUCCUGGGCGGCAGCUUUUGGCUGGCAAGAGAGGAACUGCCCCAAAGCAGCGUGCUGCCAGGGCUGCCCCCCACCGUGGGGUGGCUGUGGGGUGGCCGUGGCAGCCGGGUUGCUCUGGCAUGGGGUGGAGAGGGGCUCCGUGGAGACCUCUCUGCAGCCCACGCUGCGCUGUGCCGUUUGCAUUCCAGCCGUGAACCCUCUGUGCUUUUAUUGGAGCCGGGGCCCCGCGAGCUGCCACCAGUGCUCAGUCCAAAAGAGUCGUUUAAAAUGCAAUUGCAGCAGAAUUCACUUCCUCCUUUGCAAAAAAAAAAAAAAAAAAAAAAAAAAAACAAACAGGGAAA